AUGUCUUCAUCACAAUUAAAUUCCAAUCCUGAAAUUUUACUUCGUAAGAGAAGAAAUGCUGAUAGAACUAGAUUAGAAAAGCAAGAACUAUCAAAAGCUAGAAAGAUUGAACAAGAUAAAAAGAGAAGACUAAAUAAAAAUAAAUUCGUCAGAAUUGAAAAAUUAGUUACAAACACUUUAGCUACUGAAAGAGAAAAGGAAAGAAUCAAAAGAAUUUCAAAAUUAGAAUUGAAAAAAUCUAAAAACGAAUUAGAUCAUUUGCCAACUGAUAAAAAUUUUAUUUUAAAAAUUACUGAAAGAGAUAAUUCUCAAUCAGUAGAUGAAGAUAUUAAAGUUGAUGAUGAAGAGGAAAACGACUUGAUUAAAGAAAAAGUUAUAUAUGAUGGUGAAGAAACUUUGUUAUUUGUUAUAAGAGUUAAAGGUCCAAAUUCUGUCAAGUUACCAAGUAAAGUUUUCAAGAUUUUAUCAUUAUUAAGAUUAGUUGAUGUAAAUACUGGUGUUUUCAUUAAAUUAACUGAAAAUGUUUUCCCAUUAUUAAAAAUUAUUUCACCAUAUGUCAUUACUGGUAGACCAUCAUUAUCAUCAAUUAGAUCAUUAAUACAAAAAAGAAGUAGAAUCCUAAUUUCUGAAAAUGAUGAACAAAAAGAAGUUAUCUUAAAUGAUAAUAAUGUCAUUGAAGAUAAAUUAGGUUCUGAAGGUAUUAUCUGUAUGGAAGAUAUAAUUCACGAAAUCUCAACCUUAGGUGAUUCAUUCCAAACUGUUAAUUUUUUCCUGCAACCAUUUAGAUUGAGUAGAGAAGUCUCAGGUUUUUCAGCACUAAGUAAAUUGAAUAAACUAAAGCAAAAAGAAGACCAAUCUAAACUAAGUCAAUCCUCAAAUUCAUCUACAGCUCCAAUUGUCCAAGUUGAUAUCGAUGCAUUGAUUAGUAAAUUAAACUAA